GUGUCUGCUCUGCUCUAGUGAAGGAAGGACAGCUGCUCUCAGCGGCGAAGGAAGGAACGGAAAAACUACACAAUGCGUUAGCCACGGGCAAUGGCUCGUCCCCAAAUCGCCUCCUAAUUCUCUGUCCGAGCCACUCCAAUACAAAUAUGGCGUGAGAAGAACCGUGGAGGAAAACUGCGAAACUGUCGGGAGUUACUCGUAGCGGCGGACCGAGCUGCCGCUGCCUGGAAGUUUUCUGUUGUUUUCCCGUCGUGGGGCCCCGACGGUGGCGGCGGCUCUCUCCCCGGAGCGGUGUCCCGGUCUGCCCAGCCCCAUGCAAAACCUAACGGCCCCUGGCGGCCCCGGCAACUCCAAUGUCACCUGCUCCUGCAACUGCACCGUUUCCCAGCCACAGGGAAUGGAGAUAUCUGAACUGGAGUUUGUUCAGAUCGUCAUCAUCAUCGUGGUGAUGACAGUGAUGGUGGUGGUGAUCAUCUGCCUGCUCAACCACUACAAGCUCUCCACCUGGUCCUUCAUAACAAGGCAGAGCCAGGCCCGCCGGCACGACCAUGCCCUGCAGCAGGAUGGGUGUCUGUGGCCUUCAGACAGCGGCUCUCGACAAGGUGCCUCAGAGGUGUUAUACGCUCCCCAGGCCAGGGAUCGCUUCACCGCUCCCUCCUUUAUGCAGCGCGACCGCUUCAGCCGCUUCCAGCCCACCUACCCUUACCUGCAGCACCAGAUCGACCUGCCACCCACAAUCUCGCUGUCGGAUGGCGAGGAGCCCCCACCGUACCAGGGUCCCUGUACCCUGCAGCUCCGCGACCCCGAGCAACAGAUGGAACUCAACCGAGAGUCGGUGAGGGCACCGCCCAACCGGACCAUCUAUGACAGUGACUUGAUCGACAUGGGAGGAGGCGGGAGCCUGGGUGGGGUGGGGGGUGGAGGGGGAGGAAUGGGAGGAGGCGGUCCAAGGCCGCCCAGCAGUAACUCUGGCAUCAGUGUGGCCAACUCCAGCAGCCACGGGCGCAUGGAGGGCCCCCCGCCAGCGUACAGCGAGGUGAUGGGUCACUACCCUGGCUCAGCAUUCUUUCUACACCAGCACAGCAAUAACCAGAGGGUGGGGGGGCCGGGGGGCAGGACGAUCCAGCAGCAGAGCCAAUCAGAAAGCACAAUAGUACCUGCCAAGGCCAAGGACGGCCAACCAGAGGACCUGGUGUGAAGAGAAGGGUAGGGUGCAGGUGGAGAACCCACCCGGACUAGAAACUGUCUCUCCUCCUCCUCCUCACCCCUGUAAGCAGUGGUCUCUCUAUCGCUCUCUCUGUCUCUCUGUCUCUCUCAUGUCCUCUUUCCUCACUCCCAUGCACAAAUAUCAACCUUAGCAACAACAAAACAAGGAAAGAGAACCAACCGUUGAUUUAAUUUCACUUUCUUUCCAAUGUUAGUAAUUCAAAGCGCUAGCACAGCUGGGGCAGGAUGUAUGCACUGCUCUGAGAGCUGUUUUCUUUUUGUUCAACAUGAGAAAGAAACAUUCUGCGAGAACAGAUUGAAACAAUUUGCUUUUUCUUGCCCCCUCGGGUGACGGCUUUGUCCCUUGGAACUGAGAAUGAUAUUUUUAUUUUUGUUCUUUUUUUCUUUUUUUUCGGACCGGGAUCUGUGCACAAAGCGAUAACUGAGAAUCAAGGACUUACAGAGAACACAACAAAACAAGAGACUCACAAAAAUCCAAUCUUAGUGCCAAGGUUCACGAGGAAGCAAAACAAAGGGGGAAACUGACUCAUUCUACCGUUCAAAACAUGAAAAGAAAAGUUAUCUAAAAGUUGCACUAUCUUUUUGUUGUAAAAGAGAAGAGGGAAAUAUGCUAUGUAAUGAUGAUGAUGAUGUGUUUUUUUUCUUUUGUCCUUUUCAUGAAUGGACUGACUGACUGAACUUUGGCUCCAAAGUUGUUUUAACAAUUGGGAGCAAAAAAAAAAACAAGUAUUAUAAGCUUAUGUCCUUCCUGUUUUUGAAAUACUGCAAGAAAUACUCUUACCCAGCCUACAACACCUCUGUCUGCUUACACACAGGCACCGUGAGACUCAGUAGGAGAAGAAUCUUGUACUGCUCACGCUUGUGAACACUGCAGCCUCGUGGGGAAGAAAUCUGACUGGUGACCGGUCACUGGGUGGACCAAACAUUUCUCACUUCCUCUUGUAUAUUUUUACAAGACUUGGAGAGUCUUUUCUAAACUCUUAGAGAGAUGAGAGCUGCUUGGCAAGACUCAACACGCUCCACGCUAACGUUUCUGGAGAAUCUUGAAUCUGGAAAAAAGAUCAUACCAUCAUGACAUGAAAACAUAUCUGAACAGUCCACCCAGCAGUCUGGUAACAGCUGAUUCUUCACUUUUUCAACUCUGUCCCGACCUCUGAGCACCUGACACUUCGUCUUUCCUAUCUCCUGCAUCAAUGCCCCCUCUCCCCUCCUCUCCUCUCCUCUCACCGCUCAUCUCGACAUGCACAGUGCAUUCUGCCAACAGCCACACUGAACACGAACCCCGCCGCCAUGACUACGAAAAACACAAAACAAAAACAAAAAGAAGGCUCAGAUCUCUGUCUUCACGUCUCUAAAGCCACAAAAGAAAAAAAAACCCAAGACUACACAAAGUGAAGAUUCCUGUCUGCGUCCGCCAGCACAGCGAUCAGGUUUUAAAGGAGAACUGUCUGUGGUCGAAGUCAAAGGGCUAUGGGAGGGUCCUUUUUGUAAAAGAGAACUUUUUUUGAAAAUUGAGCCUUUUUCUCUGCUCAUCGUUGCCUUCUCCUCUGCUCUUGCGCUUUCUCUGUCUCUGUAUCUUGUUGCGUUCAACGCAAGUGCUCUGAUCCCCCCCACCCUAACCCUAACCCUGACCCCACCCCGUCCCGGCCUCCCUGCUUUUUAACAGAGUCUCUGGCAAACACUGUACAUCAGCCCUCCUUCCAUCCAUGUGCAGAAAAAGUGCGUUCAAAUGAUGCAGAGUCCGCCAAGCCCUUUAAAGUGAAGACUGGAGUGGAGCCCUCGUUUGGCAGUGUGCUAGUGCAGUCCUUUCUUCCCCUGUGUGUGUGUCUGUGUCUGUGUCCAUAUAUAUAUACAUGUGUGUAUUUGUUAGACCUUUUGACUACACUAAAAGCACUUAAUGCUCCAGCAGGAGUGUUGUGUGUGUGUGUGUGUGUGUGUGUGUGUGUGUGUGUGUGUGUGCGUGUGCGUGUGCAUGUGCGUGUGUGUGUGUGUUUGUGUUGUGUGUGUGUUGUGUGUGCGUGUGUGUGUGUUUGUGUGUCUUUGUGUUGUGUGUGUGUUGUGUGUGUGUGUGUGUGUGUGUGUGUGUGUGUGUGUGUGAGUGAGUGGUUAAACAGCUGACUGCUUGUCUGAGUUUAAAGAUUCAAGGACAUGUUACUUGUUUGUCCGUAUUUACCCGUCAUCAUUGAAGUGUUCAUUGAUCCAGACGUAUGUAGGGUCUGAUGGUGUUGCAGAAGUGACCUCAUUCAAGAAGCUCAAAGAUCUCUCUCCUCUUGGGGUUUUGUCGUCGAGCUGUUAUGUCGUUCCUGAGCAUUCUGGCGCUGUGAUCUGUCUUUUCAACACGUAGCCUUGAUUAUUUAUUCCCUUUUUGUCAGUUCAGCUUCACAAUAAACAUUUCCAGCUGACUGCUUUCUAAACGUUUAAAGAGACGUUACUGUCGCUUUAAGUUCAUCAUAGGAUUCCUGCAAACUGGAGAUCUUAGAAAGCUGCAGCCUGGCUCUCAGCCUGAGGAGAAACACAAGUUUUUAACAUGCGACUGCCUUAUUCAGUGAUUUUUUUAGCCGUUUAAUUACAAGUUCUGUUUGUUUUGGAGAGGAGGAGAUCUCAGUGGAUAAUUUGGUGCCUGGUAAAAAACCUCAUGAAUGAAAAGGAGAACUUAAAAAGCCUUCUGUGUUGUUGCUCCCACAUUGCUCUGUGGAGAAUGAAGCUGCAGACGCAAAGUCUGACUGCAAAACUCUGCAUGAAAUCAGGGUCUUCUCAAUCGACAUAGAGAAACAUGAUAUACAGCAGAAAGGCAAACUGUGUCCCAGUCUGCUUCAUGGAUAAUCAUUGUGAGCUGGAGGAUGUUAUGUCACAUGAAAGUGUGUUUGUGUGCACGAUAAGAACAGAACAUGUCACGUAUCUGAUGACUUAAUCAUUUUUUCAAAUCUCUGAGACACUAGUUGCAAUUUUUAGUCAUAUUAUGAAAUAGCAACAGGUCUUGCAAAGAAAAGGAAACCAUGCACGAUGACCAUGACUAAACCGCACACCCUCCUCCCCGUGCAUAUCGUGGAUUUGGGACGCAGUUGAGCUUUUUAUGCUAACGUUAUUCUGUGAUUUUUGGCGACUAACGCCCUCCACGUUUCGCCGUCUCUCUGAAAACGUUUCCUCGUGCAGCUCACGUUUGACUCUCCGCCCCUCAGAUGUCAGAAAACAAUUGAUGAAGAAAGCCUUCUGAUUGGUUAGUAUCGGUGUGUUUGAAUGUAUGCAUGUGACCCCGUCUGAUGUGACCCCGUCUGAUGUGUGUCCAACUGUGUGUGUGUGUGUGUGUGUGUGUGUGUGUGUGUGUGUGUGUGUGUGUGUGUGUGUGUGUGUGUGUGUGUGUGUGUGUGUGUGUGUGUGUGUGUGUGUGUGUGUGUGUGUGUGUCUGUGUGUGUGCGUGUCUGUGUGUGUCUGUGUGUUACUACAUUGCUGCUGCUAUUGCUGUUGCUGCUGCUGCUACUGCUACUAUUGUUGCUACUGCUGCUUCUCAUGCCCCCCCCCACACACACCCCGCCCACCCCACACCAGUUCUCUGUCCUUCUGUCCCCUUAACUCAUCCAAAACUAGAAGGAGAGAAAUCCACCCCUCUGCAGUCAAAAGCGAGAGUACUGAGACGCACCGCGGUCCUGUUUUCUGCAGGACACUUCUUAAACCUUUUUGUUACACAGAAGCCUGAGCGAGUCAGUGAGGAGAUUGUCCUGACUCUUUUGCCUUUGACUGCACGGACCUGCUUCAAACCUGCGUUUGUUUCCUUUCUUCCUCCUUCUCUCUGUUUUGAUUUCUCGCCUUGUUCUGUCUACGCAGUCAUAGCUUGUAAAUUGAGGACAUAAAGAUGAAUUUUAUGUUUUCUACAAGGAGGUUUGCAUGUUACUAUUAUGUGAGUAAAUAAGGUGCCUAAUGUUCAUGUUUGAGCAGACCACACCUCAGUCAAACUGCUGCUUGCGAUCCUUUCAGGUGCUUUACUCGGACUCAACCGCCUGUCUGGUUUGGAUGGAACAGAAAUACUCAAAUAGGUUUCCUGCGAUUGCCAAAAAUGAUCUUCUCUGUCUUGUUGUGAAGUCGUGGACGGUUGUGGCGUUCAGGAGUCAGGUUGUUACUCCUGUAUGGUCACAGACUGAAUCUGAUCCGGCAGAGAAGUGAACGAAAGCCACGUUUCGAUUCAAAUAUCCUACAUGACGUUACAUUCGGUGACCACGGGAGCAGCUGUGUAGCAAAACUCCAGCUGUCCCUCCAAACUGCAGUCGUCUUUUCCCUCUGCUUUGAGCGUGAACGAGCCGUGACUCUGAUUGGCUCAAAGUCUGACCACGCCAGACAGGAGCGGCUGUUCUGUCGGAGCCUCUGAAGUAGUUUCAACCAGCAGUUUGACCAGCGUGUGGAGCAGACAUAGGAACCCACUUGCACUCAAAAAGCUCCCACCUUCGUUGUGCCUCACUUCCAACGGUGCUUUUUUCAGUAGUCUGUCUUUCUUUAUGUUUGUUUGUAAGGUGCUGUAUAUAACUUGAAUAUAUUAUGCACAUAUCCUACCCAAUGGGUAGAAACCACAAAAAAUGUUGUGAAUAAUGUAAUAUAAUGUAUAGACAAUAUAAGAAUUUUAAGAAGGCAGCAUCAAAUUUGUAAAUGCCUACAGUUAAAAACGUGCUUUGUCUUUUUUUUAUCAGAAACAUGGUUUGCAAAGUAUGCUUAGAAUAUGGUUGCAACACAAAUACAAAUUACUACUUAUAAUAUUUUGCUAUAAAUAAUAGUCUGUUAUGAUAAGGACGAGAUAACCUGUGGAUUAAGGACAUUGGUGAGUUAUUGACUUGUUUAUUGGAUCAUCUGAAAACAAGCUUUCACAGUGCGUGCCGUCAUUCGGGGACUGGCGGGCGGAUCAUUUUCACCACAUUCGACUGACAGAUGUAACGUUCCAUAACUCUGAUCUUUUAGAGAACACACAUCGGUUUGUGUUAAAGCCACGACGACAGCCGACCUCGGCUGCAUCUCGACUCACUUUGUAGAUCAAAAGUUAAAGCUGUGUAGUUUGGAAGAGGCGUCACAUUGCCACCGCACACUAGAGCUGUCAGCAUUUCCAAACACGGAAGGAAACGUGUUUGUACUCUUAGGAUUUCAAAUUUUAGUUCAGCUGUAAUUUUGUAUAUCUGCCAAAGUAUAACUCUGUGGAGCACACUCAGCACAGGGAUAGAUCUGUCUGGAUGUUAGGCAUUGGUUCAAGCAUUUCAGCUCCGUUACAGGAGGAGCACCAACUUCUGCUCACGGCCACGUCGAGCAGUUUCAAACAUUCAAGAAAAACAAAAAGGUCAUUCCCUUUUUUUUUUUUGGUAAAGAUUGGAAAGUUGCACCAGCGUGAAAGGAGUGGAAAAUACUGUUAAACUGUCAUUUAACUUUUCUCUUUUUGUUAUGAUUACUUUUUUAUUUUCUACAUUACAAUGUUCUAUGUGGCACAGUAUAUUGAAGCAAACGUCAUUUUUAAUCUGCAGUCAUUUAUUUACAGUAUGUACUGAGAAUAACUCCACUGUACAAUAACCGCAGAGCAUGUUCAUUCUUAUCUAUAGACGAUGUACAUAGCAACACGCCAUCUUCUCUUCAAAGCACCAAAUAAGUGGCAGUUGUGUAGUUUUCAUUUGGGAAAAGUCUCUGUUGUAACUUUGCUGGGGCGCCGCUCGGCUCUCCUUCUUAACGGACUUUUCUGUUUUCGUUUCCUGCACUAGCUUGAAGAACUAACUUGGGCUCAGACUGAUUUUGAUUUGAUUUCUGCCCCCGCAGCGCGCUCCUUCUUUCCACUUAUCAAAAGUCUGUACUCAACUGCUGACAAAAAGUAGCUGUUUUUAUCGUUCCAGAUUUUAAUAAUAAUGAUGAUGAUGAUGAUAAUAACAAUGAUAACGUCUCAACAGUUUGGUAUUCUCUCUGUCUUGACAGUUACCAUAGGACUGCUUCCAUCAUGGGUUUUGUAACAUCGAUUUGCUUUAUUUACAAAUGACUCCUUCUCGUUCCCUCUCCCCCCUCUGUGCUAAAAUCGAGAUAUAUAUGUGACUGUAUUUAGUGAGCAUACAGUAUGUAUAUAUAUCCAAACACAGAGGUAAAAUUGUUGUGUAUUUUUGCCUCUUUUUAUUUAAGCAAUUGUGAUGUAAUAGGUUUUAGGCCUAAGGUCUGUUAUUGCAAUACUUUUACAGAAAAGAAGAAAAAAAUCAAAAAAUGUUGCUCUAAGUGCUGUUGUAGUCAAAGAUUUUAUGCUUGUACUUAUGCUGUAGUCAAACUGCAGCGUAAUGAAUAAAACUUUAAAAGUGA